GGUUCACUUCCUCUCAGAGUGGAGUGCGGGAAGUUUGGAGCUGCUAAGCGGCUGUUUUUAUUUGCACUUUGUACCCAGUUUGUGUACAGAUGCCACCCAGAGCCAAAGCAGCUGGAAAAGCGAAAGGGCCGGCCAAGAGAAAGCUGGCUGAGGAGUUCCCGCCUGGAGAGGUUCUGACAGACACAGCUAAGAAAAGCUGGAGGCUCGGGACGCCUGUUGGUCAGGGAGGCUUCGGCAUGUUGUAUCUGGCAAGCAACGAUACAACCAAUACUGUCGGAACCAACGCACAGUAUGUCGUCAAAGUGGAGCCGAGCGAUAAUGGCCCUCUCUUCUCCGAGCUGAAGUUUUACAUGCGAGCCGCUAAACCUGAUCUAAUCAGCGCUUGGAUAAAGUCCCAUAAAUUGAAAUACUUGGGGGUGCCAAAAUAUUGGGGAUCAGGACUUCAUGAGAAAGGAGGAAAGAGGUACAGGUUCAUGGUCAUGGACCGGUUUGGAACAGAUCUACAGAAGGUGUUUGAGGAAAGCGGCAAGAUAUUUCCACGGAAAUUGGUUCUUCAGCUUGGCCUUAGACUUCUCGACAUCCUCGAGUACAUCCAUGAGCACGAAUACGUCCAUGCCGAUAUCAAAGCCUCCAACCUCCUGCUUUCCUAUAAAAACCCCAAUCAGGUUUACUUGGUGGAUUACGGUCUGGCGUACAGGUACUUGCCGCAAGGUGUGCCAAAGGAAUACAAAGAGGACCCAAAAAAAUGCCAUGACGGGACCAUUGAAUUUACCAGCAUUGAUGCACAUCAUGGAGUUUCUCCCUCCAGAAGAGGCGACCUUGAAAUCCUGCUUUACUGCAUGAUCCAGUGGCUGUGCGGCUGUCUACCAUGGGAGGAUGAUCUCAAGAACCUGGAUUACGUCAGAGACUCAAAAAUACGAGGUCGUGAAGAUAUCAAAGCUUUUAUGAAGAGCUGUUUUACUGCCGGGAAUGAACCAGAUGAAUUGAUAAAGUUCAUGGAGGUUGUGAAGAAGCUGGACUACAACGAGAAACCCGACUACCAGAAGCUGCGCAAAAUUUUGCAGCAGGGACUAAAAAGCAUCGGAGCCACUGAUGAUGACAAGCUGGACUUCUCAGACUCUGUGGCUGUUGCAGGGCCGUCCUCGGCCAGGACUACUAAGCGUAAGAAAGGAGAAGAAAAAGAGCCAUCUAAUGAUGAAACUGAUGAGUCUUCUGCAAAGAAGAGACGCCCGGAUCCGAAGAAGGCAGCGAUCGGCACGAAGAAGAAGGCCAGCGCGAAGAAGUCUGUUCCAAAGCAGUCCGAGGAAGAGGCGUCGACUUCAUCCUCCGCCACACUGGAAGUAAAGAAAACUCGUGUCAGGGCCAAGAAGACCAAAUAGUUCUUCUCUUUUAAACUGUUACAACUUCUGUUCCACAUUUUAACUCUAUUCUCGAUUAGUUCCUGGUUGUACAUGUUCGUUUCUGUAACUUUUUUUUUUUUUUGUUCUACAAGAUGUUGAGUACGUUCUCAGUAAAAUAAUAAAUAACCAAAAAAAAGUA